AUGAAGAAGCUGCUGCUGCUGCUCCUUUGGGCAGCCGAUGUGCUCUGUCUAAUCUAUGAUGAUGCAGAGGACACUUGCACGACCUCUGUGGAGGCCAUACGCUUCAUCCAUCCAUCCAUCCAUCCAUCCAUCUUUCUUUGCAGGAGGGUGUGUGGGAGCCGGCCACUAGCCAUGAGCCAUGGCAUGUUGCGGAUUGUGGGCGGGGUUGAUUCCCUGCCAGGAACGUGGCCCUGGGCGGUCAGCUUCCAGUUCCCGACCCGGGAAGGAUUUCGCCAUUUCUGUGCUGGCUCCUUGAUCAAUUCUCGUUGGGUCAUUUCGACAGCGAAAUGCUUCCUCAUUCAAAGGUACCUGAAAGUGGAGUAUUUUCGAAUACAGAUUGGGGCCACCCAGCGCUCCAAACCUGGGCCUGAUGCCCAGAACCGGGUCAUCAAGAGACUCGUGGACCACAAACAGUACAACCAGGACAAGCACUUGAAUAACAUUGCCUUGGUAGAGCUGGACAAACCUGUGAUUUGCAACGAUUACGUCCAACCUGCCUGCUUACCGGAGGGAGAUCUGGUCAUAGACUCGCUCACCCACUGCUAUAUCUGCGGCUGGGGCAUCACGAUCAAUUGGAAGAGCGCCCCGUAUUCGGAUAUCCUGCAAGAGGCCGAAGUCUCGCUGGUCGCCAGGGAUGCCUGCAACAGCUCUGAACAGUAUUCCACGCUCAUCAGGCAGGAGCACCUGUGUGCCGUCUCUGAGGAUCCCACCAAGGGCAGCUGCCGGGGCGAUGGCGGUGGGCCCCUGAUGUGCCGGGAGUCCCAUACCGAGCGCUACUGGCUGAUCGGUCUCAACAGCUGGGGCAAAGGCUGCGCCAGUGGCAAAGUGCCGGGAGUCUUCACCUCCACCCAGUUCUUCCUCACCUGGAUCAAAGACAUCAUGGCGAACCCCCCCGCCUCUGGUCUUUCUCCUCCGUUCAGACCAACCACCCCUCGCACCCCCUCCCCUCCACCUCCAAGCCGGUUCACGGGAGUGUAUUACCUCGACCCCAUUUACAAAAAGGUCAACGGGAUGCUAGUUGGGUACUUCCCCGAAGCCAACACGUACAGCCUUCCAACACGCCAGUGGAGACCGGCGGUCAGACGCACCACCUGGCCCUGGUACACGGGACCCCCAAGGACAUUUGCACCCUUCACCUUCUAUCCAGCCUGGUGGUCCCAUCCCACUCCCACCUUCCCAACCUGGGGCAAGGGACCUAGUAUAAUUUAUAGGAUGCCCCGGAGAAAGUUCACAGCUGUUCCUCACACCACGCAUUUUCGCUGGCCUAGUCCUCAUUACUGGAAAAGGCCCAAACUUUAA